GUCGGCGGUAGCGCUUUAAAUCGACACUGACUCAGACGUGCAUUGCAAUUGAGACCCUGCAUCUAUCGCGUUGGAAUUCACCCGAAGUUUUCAAGGAAUACAAAGACGGUUGGAAGUGACAGGUACCGGUUGAAGAACCAGUCGGCGUAUGUGUUCGUUAUUCAAAGAAUACGGUGUUUGUUCCAUCUUAAGACGUCUGUUUGGGUAUGUCUGGGUCGUUACGUCAUGCCAGAUCUGAUUCAACAUUGGUCAGUUUACCACAAAGGUAUCGCCUUGAGAGACGCGGCAGUACAUCAGGAACCAUGAACGCUGUGAAGAUGGUCGUACUCGGCGCCUCUGGUGUCGGCAAGUCAGCCUUAACUGUUCGAUAUUUAACCAGACGAUUUAUUGGCGAAUAUCAUCCUACUUUAGAGAAUACAUACAGAUCCAAAACUACAAUCGAUGACGAAGAGUUCAGCAUGGAGAUUUUGGAUACAGCAGGUGCUCUUGAAAACAACAUAUUCCGUGACGGUCACACAUCUUGGGGAGAAGCCUUCAUGUUUGUUUACUCCAUCACAGACAGAAGCAGUUUUGAGCAGGUCAAACAAAUAUGGACGGAUUUAAAGUCACAAAAGUCUCCACAGAUCGUGGCCGCCUUGUUAGUUGGCAACAAGAACGAUUUGAAACAUUAUCGCCAGGUGCCCACAAAUGACGGCGACAAGUUGGCCGAAUUCAUGGGAUGUCAGUUUUACGAAGUCUCUGCUUUAGACGGCCAACAAAUCCCGCUAGUUGCGGAACUUUUUAGAAACUUGGUGCGGGAAUUGCGUAAUAAAAAACUUGAAACUGCCAGAAAAGGCAGUUCGACCUCCGCACAGAUGAGGAGAGCGGUUAAAGAAUUCCUUUCGUUCAGAAGCUCGAAGACAAGACUGAACUCCAAUAAUUCGUGA